AUGCCAGAAGAUCCACAGAACGGCGGUUCCGAGAUAAUUUUGGGGAAAAGAAAAGAAUGCAGUCAUUCUUGCCUCAGAAUAGGAAUCAAAAUGAUGAAAGAAAAUGAAAUUCUGUAUUGCCAAAUUUGCGGAGAGAAGAAUCCAGGCCUUCUUUAUGGCGGGCGAAGUUGUAAAAGCUGCAUGUAUUUCUUUCGGCGCGUCACUUUUGAGGGAAUCACAUAUUUCUGCAAUUCGACGAACGGAAAGCAAAAUUGCAUCGAAGAAACAGACUGUAUCAAAUGCAGGAGGGCCUGUAGGAGUUGUCGCUUCAAGGCAUGUAAAGCCGCUGGAAUGGCUGUGAAAAAGAAUUGCUCAAAGCGAGCUUCAAACAAUUUUAGAAGCGACUCGAUAGAUAGCACAAACGCGCAAAGUUCUCCGAGCAGCUCCCCGAACACUGCCGAAGAAAGUAAUCGAUUCUCAGAAGACACCCUUCAAGCUCUGCGACAAGCUCCGGACUUGACAGAAUCUCAUUUGCCAGCUCAUGUUCAUAUUUUCUGA